GGCGGCCGCUGACGCCACGUCCGGCGGUGGCGGCUACCGGUGGGCGCCGGUGCUCGGCCAUGGCGGCGGCGGCGGCGCACAGCGUGCGGGUGCUGCGGGAGCUGAACCGGCAGCGCGCAGCCGGGCAGUUCUGCGACGCGACGCUCGGCGUGGGCGGCCGCGAGUUCCGCGCGCACUGGCCGGUGCUCGCCAGCUGCUCCCGCUUCUUCCGCGCGCGCGGCCCCGGCGGGCCCGUGGCGCUGCCCGACGGCCUCGCCGACACCUUCCAGCUGCUGCUCGACUUCUUCUACACGGGCCGCCUGGCGCUCACGGCGCACAACCGCGCCCGCCUGCUGGCGGCCGCCGAGCAGCUCGGCGUGCCCGAUGCCGUGGCGCUGUGCCGCGCUUUCCGCCCGCGGCCCCGCCGCGCCGCCGACCGCCCGGAGCCCGCGGCGGCCCCGCAGCCCGGCGGGCAGGCGGGCUCCCCCUCAGCCCCGGAGGAGGCGGCGGUGGGUGGCGGCGGGCGGGGGGACGGCGACGCCGAGCCCCUUCCCGAGAACAAGGUGCUGCGGAGCAAAAAGAGCCCCCCCGCUCCGGGAAAGGCACCGGCGAGCAGAAAAGGUACAGCGGUGCCGGUCGAGUGCCCCACAUGUCAUAAAACCUUCCUCAGCAAAUAUUACCUUAAAGUGCACAACAGGAAACACACUGGAGAGAAGCCAUUUGAGUGUUCCAAGUGUGGCAAAUGUUACUUUAGAAAAGAGAAUCUCCUGGAACACGAAGCCAGGAACUGCAUGAACCGAUCGGAACAGGUAUUCACAUGCUCGGCCUGCCCAGAGGUGUUUAAGCGGCGGAUGGAGCUGCGACUGCACAUGGUGUCACACACUGGGGAGAUGCCAUACAAGUGCUCCUCCUGCUCACAGCAGUUCAUGCAGAAGAAGGACCUGCAGAGCCACAUGAUAAAGCUGCACGGCGCACCCAAGCCCCAUGCGUGCUCAACCUGCUCCAAGUGCUUUCUGUCCCGGACAGAGCUGCGCCUGCACGAGGCCUUCAAGCACCGCGGAGAGAAGCUGUUUGUGUGUGAGGAGUGCGGGCACAGGGCCUCGAGCCGCAAUGGCCUCCAGAUGCACAUCAAAGCUAAGCACAGGAAUGAGCGGCCCUAUGUGUGUGAGUUCUGUCACCAUGCCUUCACGCAGAAAGCCAACCUCAACAUGCACCUGCGCACACACACUGGCGAGAAGCCCUUCCAGUGCCAUCUCUGCGGCAAGACCUUCCGGACACAAGCGAGUCUGGACAAGCACAACCGGACGCACACCGGGGAGCGGCCGUUCAGCUGCGAGUUCUGUGAGCAGCGUUUCACGGAGAAGGGGCCGCUGCUGAGGCAUGUCGCGAGCCGGCACCAGGAGGGGCGGCCCCACUUCUGCCACAUCUGCGGGAAGACAUUCAAAGCGGUAGAACAGCUGCGUGUUCAUGUUCGCCGGCACAAGGGAGUGAGGAAGUUUGAGUGCAUCGAGUGUGGCUACAAAUUCACACGGCAGGCUCAUUUAAGGCGCCACAUGGAGAUCCACGACCGAGUGGAGAACUAUAACCCUCGACAGCGGAAGCUGCGGAACCUCAUCAUCGAGGAUGAGAAGGAUGUGAUGGUGGUGCUGCAGCCACCGCCAGAGCUGGAGGUGGGCUCAGCCGAGGUGAUCGUGGAGUCACUGGCCCGUGGGCCACUGCCCGAGGAGGUCCCUGCACAGAAACUCUGUUCAAAUGAGAACUUCUCCCCUGCAGACGUGAUUGAGCAAUCACUUAUUAUAACCACAACGAUUCCUGAAGACUGUGAGACGUAGUGUUGCCACCCAUCCCCUUACACUGCAACAGAGUAAAGCAUUAAGCUGA